UGUGGGAGGGUCAGCACAUGCCCUGCUCAGGUAAAACUUGCCUCUGAGGCUCCAGUCCGUUGCAGCCUGUUGUCAUUUUUGCAGUUAACUUUUGGAAGCAUUCUUUUGACGACAACCAUGCCGAAAAGCUCGGAACCGCGCUCUUAUUUGGUUCUGGAGAACUACAUUGGGGGAAAGUUUGUGUCCUGUGGAAAUCACAUCGACUCCUAUGACCCUUCCACCGGUGAGGUUUACUGCAAAGUACCAGACAGCGGCAAAGAAGAGGUAGAUGCGGCCGUGGCAGCGGCUAAAGAAGCCUUCCCUCAUUGGUCAGCUCGUAGUCCACAGCAGCGAGGAGACGUCCUCAACAAGCUCGCCGAUCUAAUCGAAGCCAACAUGGAGGAUCUCGUUCAAGCCGAGUCAAAGGACCAAGGUAAAACUGUGACAUUUGCUCGGACUGUGGACAUACCCAGGUCUGCGUACAACUUUCGCUUCUUUGCAUCGUCUGUGCUCCACCACACCACCGACUGCAGCCAGAUGGACCACAUGGGCUGCCUGAACUACACCAUACGCUGCCCAGUUGGAGUUGCUGGCCUGAUCAGUCCCUGGAACCUCCCUCUGUACCUCCUGACGUGGAAAAUUGCACCGGCAAUCGCCACGGGCAACACGGUGGUGGCCAAACCGAGCGAGAUGACCUCUGUGACCGCGUGGAUGAUGUGCAAGCUGUUGGAGGAAGCUGGCGUCCCUCCAGGUGUGGUCAACGUCGUGUUUGGCACCGGUCAGAGAGCAGGAGACGCCCUUGUUGGGCACCCAGAUGUCCCGCUGAUCUCCUUCACCGGCUCCACUGCAACUGCUCAACGCAUCACAGAGCGGAGCGCCCCCUACUGUAAAAAGAUCUCCCUGGAGUUGGGGGGCAAAAAUCCAGCCAUUAUUUUCGCUGACGCAGACCUGGAGCAGUGCGUCGAGACAACCAUUCGCUCCAGCUUCUCCAAUCAGGGAGAAAUUUGCUUGUGCACUAGUAGAAUUUAUGUAGAGAGGAGCAUUUACUCUGAAUUUCUGGAGAAAUUUGUAGCUGCAGCUAGGAAGUGGAAGACCGGCGCUCCAUCUGACCCAAGCAACAACAACGGAGCUCUCAUCAGCAAAGAGCACCUAGAGAAGGUUCGGAGCUUUGUGGCACUUGCCAAAUCAGAAGGAGCCGUAAUCCACUGUGGCGAAGGAGUCAAUCACCUAGACCUUCCCAAAGUCAACAAGUCCGGCUACUUUAUGCCUCCUACGGUCAUCUCUGGCAUCCCUGACAGCUCCCGGGUCAUGCAGGAGGAGAUCUUCGGCCCCGUCACUUGCGUUUGCCCCUUUGACACAGAGGAUGAGGCUGUUGCCAGGGGAAACGGGGUCCGCUAUGGCCUGUCAGCCACUGUGUGGUCCAGGGAUGUGGGAAGAGUUCACCGUUUGGCCCAGAGGCUUCAAGCUGGGUUAGUGUGGACCAACUGCUGGUUGGUGAGAGAUCUGAAUCUGCCAUUUGGAGGAAUGAAACACUCCGGUGUGGGCAGGGAGGGAGGGAAAGAUUCCUAUCACUUCUUCACAGAGGUGAAAAGCAUUACCAUCAAACACUAAGUAAGAAUACAUGGGGUGUUUGCAUAAGAUGUGGUUUGUAGAAACAGGGAGAUAUUUUAUUCUUUUUCUUUGUGUAGAUCAGCUUUUGUGAGCUUCUUUUCUAGAACCUUCAAUCCGAUCAAAUCAGUUGAAGAUUGAGGUCUUAUGUUGAAACUACAGAAAUGUACACUGUAACAUGUUAAUGUCUAAUGAAAAGAAAA